UUGACUGUCGCCGCGCCCCAAGGUGAGGGCUGAUUAUUUUACUUCAUGCACCUCAGUUGCACCUCGAACACAUAUUACCAAGCAGAACUCACAGACAGAUUUCUAUUCCCAUCAAUAACAGCUACUACACGCGCGCACGCACGUAAAUCAGAUGGAAAAUGCCGAACAACACGCGAUCUGGAGCGCAUUCGCAAGAGCAUGCGACGCAGUACGAGCGCGAUGACCCAGAGUCGACAGCCACGACACAGAGGCGCAAUACAAGCCUGAUCCUCGAGAUGGAAGAGGAGGAUGACGAGGAUGAAAUCGCACUUGGAGUGCCGAUACGACCGAAGAAGAGGAGGCGUUUGACGCAAUGGCAUUCAGAAGAGCUUCGGAAGGAAGCUGUGCGCAUCGUGAAUGGCACCUUAACGCCAGUCACCGACAAUGAAGGUAGGACCGGGAGCUACCAGGACAGUGCUGCUACGUCUAGUGACGAGGACACGAAUUGGAUCGCGCCAGCUCAACCCAAGAAGUUGAAGUGUGAAGUGAGCGACGAUGAAGCAGCCAGAGCGGAAGCCAGAAAGCUUUUUAUGCAUCCGAGCACUUCAGCUUACCCUCAUUGGAUGUAUCGAGGUUCCGAGCUGGAGGCGAGUCCAGAACACAGAGCUGUAAGGUCUUUGCAGAUCGCAUUCCACGAAGCAUAUCCUCCUACACGAGAUGUGCGACCGGAGUAUACCUACUUCACGCUGGACGACUUCACGGUUUAUCAGCUACCAAGUAUCGCAUGGCACGCGAAUGAGCUUGUUACGUUGGAGAAACUCACGAUGGCGCGGAAGAGCGAGUUUCAUUUCGCCGGUACCUUGUCCUUCGGCAACAUGAGAAUAUUCGUAAAAGACAUCCCCUUCGAUGUCCUCACUCUCGAGUAUGGCGACGAUUCGCGGUCAUGGACGGACCGUAUAUGCAUACAGUCGAGGAUCGCCAAGGAUCAACAAUUCUACUACAAGCUUGGUCGGCCUGCUGUAGAGUAUCGGCGCUUCUACACGCCUUUCCUUAUGCUUGCGCAAUUUACCGACUAUUUCAUCGACUAUAUGUGCGACCACGAGGAUGUGACAAUCGCGCAUUUCCGCUCCGACUUUUGGUCGUGGCUACAAGCCGCGCACAGCGACAACGCAGUCUUUCAAGCUUGGCACAAGCGCAUACAGCUUCUGGAUUUCCGAACCUUGCUUGCAGUCAAUGUCGAAUUUCUCUGGAAAGAAUGCUGGGAUAUCGACCGCCAGUCAGCGAAUACCUCGGAGCGAACAGCACUAUGUAACAAUCCAUUGUGGGGAGAAGUUCAUCCUGAAAGACUUAGAGCGAUACCCACGCAGCCCGUGAAUUACACAGGGAAGACUGUCGUCACGCCGUUUGCAUACGCAUGCUUCCAAAAGAUGUAUUUCGCGGAUAUGCUGGGUGUGCCCAGAAUCGCCGAGGACGGCUUGCGCGAGCGCGUGAAUACCCGCAAGGCCAGUCUUGGCUUGUCUCCUCUUUGCAGCGAGAGUUUCCCUGCUCAAGAGCUAAUCGAGGCGCAGCCCUUGAGAAAGGUUACAGACGUGCGAGCUGGGGAUGUCGUAGCAGUACCUGCUGACAAGACCGGCGAUUGGAAGCUGUCGAACGCUGACUUCUGGUAUGCGUAUGUGCAACGCAUCUGGAAGGAUCGCAAAGACAGCAGACGACUCGAUGUUAUCUGGCUGUACCAGCCAGAAGACACCACGAUUGGAAAUGCUUUCUAUCCCUACAAACAGGAACUUUUCCUCUCGGACAAUUGUGGAUGCGGGAAGCAAGAGGCUCUAUACCUCGACGAUAUUGAAGAUGUCGUGGGCAAAGCAGAAGUCUCUUGGUUUGUUGCAGAUCCAAACUCGGUUCAGAGUGGCUUCUUCGUAAGGCGAACGUUCCGCACUGUACCGGAGCUGAACCAGUAUGAUUUCGUUACGCUAGAAAGACACCACUUUUGCUGCUGUCACCAGGAUGACUACAUCGACAGAUCCGUAGUACAGUACAAGAUUGGCGACGCUGUUCUCGUCGACAAAGAGCAAGACAAUCUUGGACGGAACUGCGAGCCAGCUAUUAUUGUCGACCUUUCGAGCGAGGGAGGCCGAGACCGCGUGCUAUUGCGAAGGCUAGGAUACGCUGUCAGAGCGGAACAGGAUGCGAAAGCGCGACCGAACGAAUUGAUUGUUACCGACGAGGAAUUUCUGAGACCGAAAGAUGACAUUGUGCGUCCAUGCCAUAUCAGGAUAUUCGAUCGUGAUAAUGUACCUACGCCCUACGAUCGAGACGGCACUGGCGACUACUUCUUCAUCGCAAGAGACUCGAGUACCGCGGAGUUGCCGUUGCUCAAUGAAUCCUGGGGCCCUCAGAACAGCAGCUCCAAGACGAAGCUUACCGGCCUCGGGAUCUUCUGUGGCGGCGGAACGUUCGACCGUGGGUUAGAAGAGGGUGGUGCAGUGCAGUUCCGCUACGCAGUGGAUCUGGCCGAGAAGGCGUUGUAUAGCUAUCGAGCGAACGACCCAGAACCGGACAGGACUGCAUACUAUCUCGGCUCGGUCAACGAGUACCUCGAGCUCGCAAUGAUGUCGAGAAAAUGUGACCUCGUGGCACAGCCCGGCACAGUCGACAUUAUAUCGGCUGGUUCGCCGUGUCAAGGCUUUUCAAGAAUGCAACGGGACCAGCAAAGUGACCGUUCGAGACAGAAUGCAUCGAUGGUUGCCUCAGUUAUAUCGUACGUGGACCUCUACGCGCCUCGGUACCUUGUGCUUGAAAACGUUGUAGCAAUGACGAACAAUGUAAAGGGCCUAGGGGAGCAGAAUGUGUUCUCGCAGAUGAUUGCGGCUCUGGUCGGACUUGGGUACCAAGUGCAACAAUUCUUGAUGGACGCAUAUUACUAUGGCAGUUCACAGGCUCGAUCACGGGUGUUCAUAAUUGCUACAGCACCGACCUGUGCUGUACUAGAACAACCUGAAUACACACACCGGCGACCAGCACACCUGGAGCGACGAGGAAACUUAGGGCGGUGCUCGAAUGGAAAGCCCUUUGGCUCCCGGCGAGAGGAUGCGUAUACACCUUUCGCUCAGGUCAGCGCGGAAGACUCGGUCAUGGAUCUACCUAUAAUCCAUGACGGGCAGCCAUUUCUUUGUCCGAGCCACCCUGACCACCGUACCGCUACUGAAGAGACGGCCACCAACAGGACUCGUAUGGCUGUUGUGCCUCAGCGACCAUUCGGCAUGUCUCUUGUACAAGCAGCCCAGGCUGGUCUAGUUCGAGGCGAGCCCUUAAACUUUUCAUACGGUAAGAACCAGAUCAAGUGUGGACCCGGGAGCAAGUCAUUCCGUCGUGUGUUUCCCGACAGACCAUUCCCGACCAUACUUACAAAGUUGUCGGUCGGAGACGGCAUGAAUGGACAAGCUGUACACUGGAAUCAACACCGCGUCCUUACUAUUAUGGAAUGCCGUAGAGCACAAGGCUACCCAGAUCACGAAGUCCUAGUAGGCUUAUCGACGGAACGCAUGAAAAUUGUUGGCAACAGCGUCGACAGGAAGGUUGCGCUGGUACUCGGGCUCGCCGUUCGAGAUUCGUGGCUAAAGUCACCGCCUGUUGACAUAGUCAAGGUUCCAGUCCUUAUUGACGAGUCAGCGGUCGGUAUGCCACCUGCAGGGCUUGUAGAUGCCGAAGGAGACCAUGCCGAAUUCGACUCCGACCGAACGGGUAUCUCGGCAACGCCAACAUCACUGCCGGAUGAAUAUGAUGAGGCUGCAGCACCGGCCGGUGAGGCGACGUAUAGCAGCGGCAAAACAUGGACAAGUCUGAAUGAUUCGCCCAUCGACAACAGGAGCGUCAAGAUGGCACUGAGCCUGUCUGAACACGAUCUCCAAUCAAUUCGAAUCGGAGGGUUUAAGAGGAUCAAUGAGUUGCUGCAGUCCACAGCUCGAAAGUCCCUGCAAAGCGGCGACGGCGGCCACGAGGGAUGAUGAUGGACCGCAUGCAUCGCACUACAAUUGGUAGAAAACGCCACCACAAACCAGAACGAACAAAUUCAAAUCCAGCCGCAAGCCGCAAACAAGAAAUCUUGAAAUAGUUCUUGUGUGGCAAAUUAGGACUUACGGCGUAGCGGUAUGCUUUCACUGCAGGACACCAACCACCUUGUGCCACGUCCAUCGUGCAUACAAGCGCAGGCGUAGGCGCAAGCGCGUUGAGGCAAGUCAUCGUGAGGCUCUACUCUAUCGCGCAUGUCCGUUUUGACAGCGCAGCAAGCAGGACUCAGCUCAGCCCUGCGCCAACAGGGAGACGCUUGGGCUUCAAUGCGGUCGUGGUAGGAGGUAUGCUCGUUAUCAACGCCAG